GUUGACUUCUCAUCUCACGAGCGCAUCGCUGGUCAACAUCCCAAUUCUCAGCAGGGAUGCCGAUAUGCAUCAACUGUAGUACUCCUGUCAAGAACUUGUACACCACUUAUAGCAAAGCUGACGAUCGAGCGCUGGGCAAGGGUGUCCGUCUCACACAAUGUCCCAAUUGCAAGCAGUUCGCUGAUAAAUAUGUCGAACAUGACUUUGUUGUUCUUUUCAUUGAUCUCGUUCUGAUCAAGCCACAAGUCUACCGGCACCUCCUUUUCAAUCGACUGGGUCGGUCAGACAAUAAAUUCGACCCCAGUAUUCUCAGACUCGGGACACUGCUGGUCCUCUUCGACGUCUACAUUACAUGGGCACGUAUUGAGAGGGCCGGGCCCCUAGAUGGGAGCGACCAUCCCAAUUCUCGACUCACCCAAUGGCCGAUCCUCACUCAAUAUAUCUUCUUCCUGACCAUGAACGUCCUGGCCACAGUCACCCAACAUGGCAUCAUCCGAACGUUGGUUCGUGUCUUUGUUGAAACGGCAGAAGAACCUGAAAGCAUGACCCAGUCACCACCGACAAUGUCACCAGACACGAAGCAAGAUACCAGGAUUCUAGAUACCGUUCGACCGGGUAACGCCAGCCCCAGCGCCAUCAGCACCGCCCUCCUCGUGUCGAGCUGCUCCAAGUUGUUUCCCAUUCUGCUAGUAAUCUGGCCAACCGAGGCCAAAGAUGGGGAUCCAUUCGGGUUCGCGUUCCAAGCAACAAAUUACGUGGGCUGGGCAGUCCUUCUCAAUAACAUCGAGGCCCUCUUGAUUCUCCUCAACUGUGGGUAUAAAGUAGCCAGUGGUCUGGCAUUGGCUGGUGUGGUUGCACGUUGGUUAGUCGAGGGAUGGGUACUUAGCCUGGUCGGAUUGGGACUGGACACAACUCCUCUAGGUACGUUCUUGGCUGCGUUUGCCUACAUGAGGAGAUGUCUCAAGAUAUUGUUGGCCUGAUAACGAGGCAAAAUGCAUUGUGUUGUCUCCAUCGAAUAUCGUAAAGGCUGCAACAGCCAUCCAAAUAAACAUGACAUGAUAGAACGGGUG